AUGCCUUACGGUCCUAAAUUUUUGGUAGAAAAAAUAGAAUGCUUACGUGAAGAUUUUUCAAAUGGGCCUUAUCACAUACUUGGUCAACAUACAAAAUGUGCUAGUUAUUUUUGCAAGGGUUCAAAAAUAGGACAAAUUAACCUUGUACCAGAAGCUGAAAAGUGUGGGUUGCUUUGCGAAAUUAAUCAAAUAUAUUCUAGAAUCAUUGAUAAUGCACCAAGUUUAUUGUUAGAUGUUGAUAACAAUAUCUGUGAGCAAUUCAACAGCGUAAUAAAUAAACAUUUAGCUGGAAAGCGAAUCAAUUUUUCCCAGAAAAAUUCCUAUAACAAUCGCGUUGAGGCUGCCGUUGUAUCUUUUAAUACUUCUGGGAAGUAUAUAAGAAAUGUUCAUAAAAAAAUUACAAAUAAAAGUCCAGGAUGUGUAGGUAAAAAAUAUUUAGGUUUUAAACAGAGAAGGCUACUUAACAACCGUAAAAGAAAAUUACAAUUUUCCACCAGUAAGGUAAACAAAACAAAAAUACGAGCAAAAAUAUCUACAGGUCCUGACGUAAACUAUGGUUUAGCAGAGCCCUUGGAAAAUGUCAUGAUUAAUGAAGAACUAGAAAAAAAAAAAUCUGAUUUUAUAAGUUCAUUAUUAAUGUCGGUUGAAGCUCGAAAAAAAAUAGAAUUUAAUACCCAAGAUCAGUCUAAUUCAACUUUAUGGCAUGUUGAACGUCGAAAUCGCUUAACAGCGUCAAAUUUCGGUAGAAUAUGUAGAAUGAGGAAAAAUACAUCAUGCAAGGCUACUGUCUAUGACAUUCUAUAUCAAAAUACUACGUGUAAGGCUAUGGAACAUGGCAAACUAAUGGAACCGUUAGCCAAAAUUAGUUUUGAAAACUUAACCAACCACAAAGUACAAAACUGUGGUUUAUUUGUAGAUGAAGAUAUUCCUUAUCUUGCAGCUACACCAGAUGGUUUAAUAGGUGAUUCAGCAAUUAUAGAAAUUAAAUGCCCAUACUCUGUAAAAGAUUAUUUUAAUAUACGAGACGCGAUAUCAGAUAAGAAGAUACUAUUUUUGUACUUGGACAAUGAUGAAAUAAAAUUAAAAGUUCAAAGUUUAUACUUCUAUCAAGUUCAAGGUCAACUUAAAAUUACAAAGAGGGAUCUAUGUUAUUUCGUUAUUCAUACUAAUUCUUGGACUCAAAUUUUAAAAAUUAAAUUUGAUUUGUCAUUUUGGAAAACUAAAAUGGAAGAACAAUUGAAAUUGUUUUAUAUGGAAUGUAUGCUGCCCGAAAUUGUGGAUCCACUUUAUCCAAAAAGGAUGUUAAAGUCAGAUAUCAGAGAACCACACAGAAUAAUACAAGCUAAUGCUGAGCAAAAAAAAAAAAUGUAA